UCAAAUCUUAAAAAAACAUACAGCCAUUAAUCGUAUAAAUACUACAUCAUCAAAUUUAUUUGGAGGGGAAUUAUUCAGACAAAUUUGAACACUGUAGGUAACUGCAUCGGAAGGAACUGUGGAGGAAUUACCGUAAAAUUUAAAAAGGGAUAACUGCAAAUAUCACAUUAUCAAAUCUUAAUAAAACAUACAGCCAUUAAUUGUAUAAAUACUACAUCAUCAAAUUUAUUUGGAGGGAAAUUAUUCAGACAAAUUUGAACACUGUAGGUAACUGCCUCGGACGCUUUGAUACAUUUUGUGACCAGCGGCCGUGCAAAUAAAAAUCGAUGGAGAAAGAAGUGGAGAAACUGCGCGGAGUAGUUAGGGAUUGCAUGAGCAAGCAUUUGUAUUCCUCAGCAAUAUUCUUUGCAGACAAGGUCGUCGACUUCACACAGUCGCCCACAGAUUUGUACAUGCUCGCGCAGGCGCUCUUCCUUGGUCAGCAUUAUCGUAGGGCCCUCCACAUCCUCAGCAAUUCCAAGAUCACCUUUAAGGAUCUCCGCUUUCGCUAUCUUGCUGCUAAAUGCCUGGAGGAAAUGAAAGAAUGGCAACAAUGCUUAGAGAUGCUUGGAGAUGCCAAGGUUAGAGAAGAUGGAACUCUGGAAGUCCCAGAAGAUCAAAACAUGGAAAAAGAUGCAGAGGAUCAAGAGAUCAAUAUCUCUGCAGCAAUCUGUUUUUUACGAGGCAAAGCAUAUGAUGCAUUGGAGAAUCGUGUUCAAGCUCUUCUAUGGUAUAAAGCUGCUAUCAAGGCAGAUCCAUACUGCUAUGAGGCACUUGAGUGUCUACUUAACAAUCAUAUGCUGACAUCAGCAGAAGAAGCCAAUCUGGUUACAUCAUUGAAGUUUGGUGUGGAGAAUGGAUGGCUUUCUUCAUUCUAUUCAUGUUUAAUUAAAAAGUAUGAUAAAACAGAUAAGGUUGAGUCAAAGUUUGCAGAGCUGGAGAGGUUGCCUGGCAAUGCCAGCUCACAUGAAACAUCAAUUAACCACUCCCUCAAGAACAAUGCUGAUCUGAUAGCCUGUAAAGCAGAGUAUUAUCAUCAAUGUGGGGAAUAUCAGAAGUGUUUUGAUUUGACCACAUUACUUUUUGAAAGGGAUCCUUUUCAUUUAAAGUGCACACUAGUGCAUAUAGUAACAGCUGUGGAACUUGGUCACAAGAAUGAACUUUAUCUUAUGGCGUGUAAUCUGGUGAAGGACUAUCCACAGAAAGCUAUAUCAUGGUUUGCGGUUGGUUGCUACUACUACUGUAUACGACAAUUUGACCAGGCACGUCGUUACUAUAGCAAAGCUACAUCUCUAGAUGGCACUUUUGCUCCUGCUUGGAUCGGUUUUGGAAGUGCAUUUGCAGCCAAAGAUGAAAGUGAUCAGGCAAUGGCUGCUUUCAGAACAUGUGCCCGAUUAUUUCCAGGGUGUCAUUUGCCAACACUGUAUAUUGGACUGGAGUACAUGCGUACACACAACUUUAAACUUGCUGAACAGUUCUUCAUGAAGGCAAAAAAAAUUUGUUCAACAGAUCCUCUUGUAUACCAUGAAUUGGGAGUUGUAUCUUACAAAACCCAAGAGUAUGAAAAAGCUGUACGGUGGUUUGAAAAGACUCUAAGUUAUGUCCCUUCACCGUUGACUGAAACUUGGGAACCUACAUUGGUGAAUAUGGGACAUGCACUACGGAAACUCAAACGUUACCCUCUAGCAAUCAAAUCAUAUGAGAGAGCAUUGGACCUUUGUUCAAGGAAUGUGAGCACCUAUGCCGGUCUUGGAUAUACAUACCAUUUGCAGAACAAAUUUGACGAUGCAAUUAAUCUUUACCACCAGGCUCUAGCAUUGAAACCUGAUCAUCAAUUUUGUGGCGAGGUGUUGACUGUUGCACUUGGUGACGCAUGUCGUUGUGCUGACUUCCGUAGCAAGUGAAAUUUAAACUAUUUUUGUCUCUUAUGACCUGUAAAUUCAUUUCUUAAUGAUUUUUAUUCUGUGGUAUGUUCAUGCAUACACGGGUUCAAAAUGGGAGGAAUCACAGACAUCCAUGUCUUGGGUGGAGAUAUUGAUGUUAACACUCGCUGGUGUAUGUUGCUUCUUUGACUUCUUUGUCAAGUGAAAAGUAAACAAUUUUGUUCUUUUAUUACCUGUAAUAUUAUUUCUUACAUUAGUUUUACUCUCUCGUCUGUGUAUACAUACACAGCUCCAGAAGAGGAAACGCAGACAGCCAUGUCUUGGGUACAACAACAUGGGGAUGUAACUAUUUCGGUAUCAUAAAGAUGGGGAUGUCUUAUGUUGCAA